AUGCAUUUCUAUCUGACAACCACUGUGCUCGCUUUGCUCUGCGCAAGCGCACAAGCGUACGACUAUCUCACGGCCACUGCCCUGGUCACCAAUGCUGCGAACGAAUCAGCGCUCGAGUGUUGGCGGUUUGCGACGCCGCUGGUUGACUCUUCGGAACCUGGUAUUGCCGGUAGUUUGAGGUUCAACUUCAAUGCUAGUAGUGCUUCGUACACUAUCAUCCCACCCAGAUUCAAUGGCAGUAGACACAACAGCCCUGCUCCACAGCUUGUCGUGUACACCUCUGGCUUGGCACACAUAUCACUGCCUUCGUCCAAGGACGAGGAGUGGUUCAUUGGAGGAAACCAGGGUCUGCUUGUCGCGGCUGACACGACCGGAGAGGGUCAUAUCACCGAGUACCCGUCUGAGCAGUACACCUCUGUGUUGACCAUCCCAUUUCCUGAUGGUAUGGUACCCGCUCAUGAGAAGCUGUCUUCAGGAGCUUGCCACUUCAGCAGCAUCGGCGCAAGAUCGCCUCAAGAUAGGAUGUGGCACUGA